GGAGAGUCGAGUAUAUAAUGCCCAAGGCCUAUCUUAAAUACAAAGGGGAGGGUACACUAGGAGCUAUCAUUAGCCAACGAGGCAAUGUAGUGCUAACCAGUGGCAAUCCCAGUACCUCAUCAUCCUCCCAAGCUGCAACCCCUCGAUAUGCUUUCUGUCCUACCAACGAUACUGUUACUGUAUGGGACAUCAAGACUCAGACCAUAAAGGGUGUUAUGGAGGUCCCCUUGGGACGAGAUGAACUCCACAAGAGAUCACCUCAAGUAACUGCAUUAUCCGAUCUGUUCAUACCAAGUACUACAGCCAAUGGCUGGGCUGGCGCUAAGAUGGCUGUUGGAUAUAGUGAUGGUUACAUUCGAAUAUUUGCAUUCGAGGAGAGCAAGCCAGGGUCUGUGGAAGGCAUGUGGGUGCCUGAAGUAUCCUUUAUAGGACAUCGAUCGGCUGUUAAUGUCCUCAAGAUCUCCCGAGGUGGCUUCCAACUCUGUAGCGGUGGAGCUGAUAAUGACGUCAUUUUAUGGGAUGUAGUGGCAGAGGCUGGUAUGUGCCGACUUAGUGGUCAUAAGGAUCAAGUCACUGGCCUGACACUACUGUAUGAUAACGAGUCUACCGAUGCAUCUAUAGCAUAUGUAGUGAGUGUAUCGAAGGAUACUACCUGCAAGGUGUGGAGUGUGGGAACACAGAUAUGUGUUCAGACAUGUGCUGAAUCUCGAGGGGAGUUAUGGUCAGUCGCAUGUAUGGUGAUGUCAUCGACGACAGCUGUUGAUGUGGGCAGCUCUGCGAACAAGACUGUGCUCAUAGUCACUGGUGGAGUUGAUCAGAAGCUUUAUAUGUACGCGGUGUCAGCCUUGUCACUGGUGUCUGGUGGAGGGCUGGACGCUAGUGGAGAUAUGAUGAAGUUCCUUGGUCCUCUGGACAGGGGUAGUGGUGAAUCUGGCAUGAAGAAACGUGUUGCUACACUGGCAUUUGCUGAAGACGGCACCAGACUGCUGGCUCAGGCGGUUGGUAGGACUGUGGAGGUGUUCGAUGCGAUCACUGAGAAGGCUCGUAAGAGGGUACAGCGACGUAAACGUGAGAAAGCAGCUAAGAAGCAGAAGGCGGCGAAGGAAGGUGGCGUGGAGGAGCCACAACAGGAGGGGGAGGAGGGCACUACUGAGAAGGUCAUGACUGCAGCUGAGCUGUUCAAACUGCGCGAUAAGCUGAUACAUUUCCCUGGCAAGAUCGGCUCGAUGUCUGUGUGUAAGGACUCAGUUUGUGUUGGCCUGCUGGAUAACUCUAUCCACUUGAUACCAUCGCUUACGGUGGAGCUGCAGAGGUCGGGCCAGGAUGAUGAGGAAAGUGUCGAGGCUGCCGAGAAGGAGCGUAUGAGUAUCGUAACGAAGGGUCAUCGUCAAGCUGUGCGGUUUGUAUCCUUCUCAGCGGAUAGCACAAUGUUGUUGUCAUGCUCGGGAGAGUCGUUGAGGGUAUGGACUGCUCAGAGUAGCAAGCAGUGUGUGAGGCAUAUAGACAAUACAGGCUACAUUCUAUGUGGUCGUUGGUAUGCUGGUAACCAGCAUGUGGUGUGUGGAAGUAAAGAUGGUUGUCUAGCACUGUACGACUUACAGACAGGGGAAUGUAGAUGUCGGGUACUCGCCUCAGAGGGAGGACAGCCUCUGUAUGGCAUUUGUGAUGAUCCUGAUGGGGAAGAUAACUUUAUCACAGUUGGUGCCGAUAAGACGUUACGCUACUACACCACUGACUUGGCUAAUGUUGAUGACGAGUCAUCUAUACUAAUAGAGGUAAUAAGUUUGGAUGAGUCUAAACGCUUGACAUUGAAUGAUGAUGGCCUUUGUGUUGCGCUGUCUCCUAAGGAUAAGAAGAAACCUGAUGCUCCCAGGUUCUUGGCUAUCGGCUUGCUUGACUCUACUAUUACUGUUGUUUAUGCUGAUACUGGGAAGCAGUUCCUCACUUUGUAUGGUCAUCAACUACCUGUGCUCGCGGUUGCCUUUUCUGAUGAUGGACAACUCCUGGCCUCGGGUUCGGCUGAUAAGAAUAUCAAAUUAUGGCAUCCUAAAUUCGGUAAUUGUCUUCAUUCCCUCCGAGCUCAUGAGUCGUCGGUGACCAGCAUUGCAUGGUUACCGCAGACACACUACUUGGCCAGUGUGGGCAAGGUCGAUGGUCUGUUGAAACUGUGGGAUUGUGAUAGAUCGGAGGAGAUAACAUCGCUACCUGGUCAUAAUGGUGAUGUAUGGUCAGUAGCAUGUGAUGCUGAUGGUGCAUUGUUGGCGACUGGAGGGGCUGAUAGAUGUAUAAGGCUGUGGAAAAGGAGUGAUGAACAGAUGUUCAUCGAGGAAGAGCAAGAGGAAGCCCUUGAUAGACAGCUAGAGGAGGAGACCGCUAGAGAGGCAGCCGUAGUGACUAUGGCCAGGCCUACUAGACGUACUACACUAAGGCGUGCUUACCUAGAGGAGCAUGGUGGUGCUGUAGGUACUAUGGAAACGGUGAAGUCCGCAGAGCGCUUGAUGGAGGCUCUAGAUGAGGUUAGAGAGGCUUCGGCUGAGGAGGGUGAUGCUGAGGAGAGGAAAUCAAGUCCGCAAGAGUCUAUCAAGACACUACGUAUAAUGGCAGCUAUCCCCGUAGCGGACAUGCAGGAAGUUGUACUCGCUUUACCUGUCACGUAUGAUGUUGCAAGUACUGCUGUUGACGAGGCAGGUGUGGCUCGAUCGGCUGCGAUGAUAGCCAGGCAAGAGUUGAAGAGACGUAAGGAGAUAGGAGAUCUUGAUGCAGAGGAUAGAGCCUAUCGGAAGUCCAGGAGAAUAAGUGGCAAGUGA